AUGGCUUGGUUGCGUUCUCGCAUUGAGAGGGACGUCACCAUUGAAAUCGGCACAAUGCGCGACAAAAGUGCACAGCCAGUUCCACUUGACGUUCUGAUGAAAUGGAUGGAAACAACGAUGGACAUCCGCGGUCUCUCUUAUCCCUCGCACAUUAUCGAAACCGAACACGGAGACCUUUAUUCUGGACCGAAGAUUCCAAGGCAAGGUCUACCUCAAGGGAAUGCUUCUUCCCGCGUCGGCUUCCAGGACGUUGAAGUUGGGUUACAAUUUCGCAAAAGGGCAGUUCAGUCGGGAUAG